UGUGUGGGCCAGUGGAGCCGGGUGCAUUAGGAAGGACAUACACUCAUGAGCAUCUGUUUAUGGACUUCGACUGUGCUUACACUCCAGCAAAGGUUGAGGAUAAACAUUUGGAGGAUUCUGAAUUUACUUUGCAAAAUCUGGGAUGGAUCCGUCAGAAUCCCUAUAGCCAUAAACUCAACAUUAAACUUCAUGAGGCUCAAGUUAUGGCAGCUAUAAUGGAUGAAAUGGCUUCCUUUAAGAAGAAAGGUGGUGGUACUAUUGUUGAGAACAGCACUUAUGGUCUCAAUAGAAAUGUGUCCUUUUUGCGUGAUUUAAGUAACAAGCAAGGUGUUCACAUAAUAGCUGGAGCUGGUUACUAUGUGCAGGCAGCUCAGAAGAAAGAAACUUUGGGAACAUCAGUAGAGCAAAUGGCGGAAUUCAUGAAGCGUGAGCUAACUGUAGGAUGUGAUGGUGACCCAGAUGUAAAAUGUGGAAUCAUUGGUGAAAUUGGAUGUUCCUGGCCUUUGUAUGACUUUGAACGACAUACUAUCCAGGCAGCGGCUCAUGUACAAGCAUCCACUGGUUGCCCAGUGAUGUUUCAUCCUGGCCGUGAUGAUAAGGCGCCAGCAGAGAUUUUUCGAGUUUAUACAGAAGCUGGUGGUGAUGUGAAGAAGAUGGUCAUGGGUCAUCUUGAUAGGACAAUACACACUCUAGAUAAACUAGUAGAAUUUGCAUCUCUUGGAAGUUAUUGUGAAUAUGACUUGUUUGGUAUUGAAACUUCUCAUUACCAGCUCAACACACACAUUGACAUGCCCUCUGAUGCCCAGCGUAUCCAACGCAUUAAACACCUGUUUGACAAUGGCUUUGGAGAGAAGAUUUUAAUUGCUCAUGAUAUUCACACAAAGCAUCGUCUGCAAGCUUAUGGUGGUCAUGGAUUCUGCCACAUUUUGGAGAAUGUUGUACCAAAGAUGUUAAACAGAGGAUUGACACAGGAGGAUGUGGACAAAAUGUUAAUCAGCAAUCCAGCUACAUGGUUAACUUUCACCAAAUAGAUUUUAUGGCUUGGUAUAAUAUUAAUAAUUCCAGGUAUAUAGAUUUAGCAGGGUGGCAUAAAAAUAAUCUUUAAAUUUUAUACUAACAUAUCUCUAGAUGCUUUACUCAGUUACCAUUGUGGUAUUAUAUUAACAUACACAUUAUAGAAUAUACACUUUAAAACAUUUUAAAUGUAUUUUCUUUACCAUAUAUGAUUAAUGGAUGUUUAAGAUUUAUAUUUUAAGAUUAUAUUGUCCAGAUGGCUGCUGUUAUUUACUCUGUUUGCAACAUUUUUGUGGCAUAAUUAUGUUUUGUUUCCUUGGUUUUUAAAGUUUUUUUCUGCUUAAUCUGCAUUAUAGCUCAAAUAUAUAUUUUAUGUAUUAUUGGAUGUUUGUAAAAUAUAUGAUUUUAAGUGGAUAAU